AUGCCGACCUGCACACUCCCUUUUGAGAUUUUGCUCGAAUUUGUGAACGAUACAGAAGAGUCCUCCACGCUGCACCUGACUCGCGGGGGUGACGACACCUUUUCAGCCAAUGCCACAAUAUUGCUUCAACCAUCAGAGAGCAUUUCUUUGGUCCUGAAUGCAGGGUCUAUAUAUCAGUAUAUAUUAAAGCAAAAGAACCGAAAGGGACAUGUUUCAGUGAGAGUGUGGAAAGACGUCCGAAUCACGGCUACAGAUGUUUUUGUCAGGAAGACAUACAAUCUAUCGCCCGGAAUGCCUGCCCUGCCGUCGCAAGGCAUCACUGUUGUGUGCCAGACCGGCUGA